CGUCAGCACGUUUCCGCUUGAAUCAGCCAAUCAGGGUCCGGUGCGCUGCAGCUUAUAAACCCGUCUGCUGCCGAUCUUUUCCGCUCACUGUCCGCGCUGUCCUCAUCAUUGACCCGAGCUGCAUCCCUGAUCUAGCCCAACCGUGAAGAUGGCGGCCCGGACCAUGCAAGCAGCCCGAUGCCCAACAGAUGAGCUGUCACUGACUAAUUGUGCCGUGGUGAGCGAGAAGGAUCUGCAGUCAGGACAACACGUGACUGUGAAGACAACGCCCAACCACAAGUGUGUGUUUACAGUAAAGACCCACCACACUGUUGUACCUGGAACUAUUGCGUUUAGUCUGCCACAGAGGAAGUGGGCGGGUCUCUCCAUUGGGCAGGAGGUAGAAGUAUCCAACUACAACUUUGACAAGUCUAAGCAGUGCAUCGGUGCAAUGACAAUAGAAAUUGACUUCCUGCAAAAGAAGAGCACUGAUUCGUCUCCCUAUGACUCGGACAAGAUGGCUGCUGAGUUUAUCCAACAGUUCAACAACCAGUCUUUCUCUGUCACCCAGCAGCUAGUGUUUAGCUUCUGUGAUAAGCUCUUUGGCCUAAUGGUAAAAGACAUCGAAGCUAUGGACGCCAGCAUCCUCAAAGGGGAACCAGCCACUGGAAAGAAACAGCAGAAGAUUGACAUCGGACUAAUGGUCGGAAACAGUCAAGUGAUUUUUGAGAAGGCAGAGAAUUCUUCCCUUACGCUUGUUGGUAAGGCAAAGACAAAGGAGGCUCGGCAGACAAUUAUCAACCCAGACUGGAACUUUGAGAAGAUGGGAAUUGGAGGACUGGACAAAGAAUUCUCUGACAUAUUCCGCAGAGCUUUUGCAUCUCGAGUGUUUCCUCCAGACAUUGUGGAGCAAAUGGGGUGUAAGCACGUAAAGGGAAUUUUGCUGUUUGGACCUCCAGGCUGCGGUAAAACACUCAUGGCCAGGCAGAUUGGCAAGAUGCUGAAUGCCCGUGAGCCAAAGGUGGUCAAUGGCCCCGAGAUCCUCAACAAGUAUGUGGGAGAGUCUGAGGCCAACAUCCGCAAACUGUUUGCUGAAGCUGAAGAGGAGCAGAAGAGGCUGGGAGCCAACAGUGGCCUCCAUAUCAUCAUCUUUGAUGAGCUGGAUGCCAUCUGCAAGCAGAGAGGCACUGGCGCCAGCAGCACGGGCGUCCACGACACUGUGGUCAACCAGCUACUGUCUAAGAUUGAUGGCGUGGAGCAACUCAACAACAUCCUGGUCAUAGGUAUGACCAACAGGCCUGAUCUAAUAGAUGAUGCCCUCAUGAGGCCUGGCAGGUUUGAGGUGAAAAUGGAAAUUGGUCUGCCUGAUGAGAAGGGCCGUGUUCAGAUCCUCAACAUCCACACCAGCAAGAUGCGAAGCUUCAACCUUCUUGCUGGUGACGUGGACGUCAAGGAGCUGGCAGCUGAGACCAAGAACUACAGUGGUGCAGAGCUGGAGGGUCUGGUCAGGGCGGCUCAGUCCACUGCCAUGAAUCGACACAUCAAGGCUACAUCUACAGUUGAGGUGGACAUGGAGAGGGCGGAGAAGCUGCAGGUCACCAGAGACGACUUCAUGGGAUCCCUCAACAAUGACAUAAAACCUGCAUUUGGUACAAACCAGGAGGAUUACUCCAGCUACAUAAUGAAUGGAAUCAUCAAAUGGGGCGACCCGGUCACCCACGUUCUGGAUGACGGAGAGUUGCUCGUGCAGCAGACCAAGAACAGUGAUCGCACGCCGCUGGUUGCAGUGUUGUUGGAAGGCCCCCCCCACAGUGGAAAGACAGCCUUAGCAGCUAAAAUUGCAGAGGACUCCCAGUUCCCAUUCAUUAAGAUCUGUUCUCCAGACAAGAUGAUUGGAAACUCUGAGAUCUCCAAGUGCCAGGCAAUCAAAAAGGUCUUUGAUGAUGCUUACAAAUCCCAGCUCAGCUGUGUAGUGGUGGAUGACAUAGAACGUCUCCUGGACUACGUUCCCAUCGGUCCUCGUUUCUCCAACCUGGUUCUUCAGGCUCUGCUGGUGCUGCUGAAGAAAGCUCCACCUAAGGGUCGAAAGCUGCUCAUCAUUGGCACCACCAGCAGGAAAGAUGUGCUGCAGGAGAUGGAGAUGUUGGAUGCCUUCAGCACCACCAUCCACAUUCCUAACAUCUCUACUGGGGAGCAGCUGGUUGAUGCUUUAGAGUUGCUGGGGAGCUUCACAGAUAAAGAGCGUGCCAGCAUUGCGCAUCAGCUCAAAGGAAAGCGGGUGUGGAUCGGCAUCAAAAAACUUCUAGUGCUCAUUGAAAUGUCACUGCAGAUGGAACCAGAUUAUAGAGUGAGCAAGUUCCUGUCUCUGCUCAGAAAUGAGGGAGCUGACCGCAGCUUUUAUGAGUAAAGAAGCUGAAGAAAAUGAUGCAGGCAUCUCAGUGUCAUCAAACCAUCCACAGGUCCAAAUGAGAAAGAGGAGAAGAGGAACGAUCUUCCUCUCAUCUAGUCACCCACUGAUUCAGCUGUCUAUGUAUUUAAAUGUAAUCCUGGCUCAACACAAGAACAUAAAAGACCAGUUAAUUUCAGCAUGUUUCUAUAAGCAGUGUCACCGUGUCACUUGAUAACUUGCUAAUCAUCUAUUGAAAUAUCACAGCAAACCACUGAAAGUCGUACUGUUACAAAUCUGUUAUAUAAUAUAAUAGAUAUUUGUAAAAAAGUGUUGUUUUGUGCACUGUGCGUAAAAAAGAUAUUGUGUAUGUUUUUAGCUAGUAGUAUUUGUUGCAAAACUCUUGUCGUGCUCAAGGUAGUAAGUAUUAGUGCACUUUAUGUAUUCUCACAAAUAAUAGUGGUACUUCCAAGAGUGACAUAAUUCUGAAGCUUUUAAAAAUGUGAGAGGCUUUUAUUGAGUGUAAAACAGAAGUUGUUCCAUGUGUAAAUGUAAUCCCUUUAAAUAUACAGUAUGUUCAUGUUUUGUAUAUAGUAUAUAUAGACAAGAUGCAGUAUAUUAUUAAUUAUAAAUUAAAUGCUGAGUCUUAAUUUUAUUUAGUACAAUAUCAGUGUGUUCUUCUUCCCUCCGGAGAUAUUGAUUUUAUCAGGUUACUGUACUGUAAUAGUGAAAGUAAAAUUUGGAUUGUUGGCCUGUCUGUGUUGCAAACAGUACAGUAAGGUGUAGCAACUGUAGUCACCAGUGUUAAAAAGAAAUGUAAGAAUUAUAUAUUCUGCACUUUUAACAUGACUCAAAAAAAACUUAGGACACAUACAGUCCUAAUCACAAAUGUCCUUUGUGUAAACUUCAGCUUGUUUCUAAAUGUGUGCAUGUCUGAGGGGAACUAAAUGCUGCAUGUGUCCACAAUGAAUGCUGUGUGUGCUAGCAGUUGAUGAUUUUGAGUGUGACUGUGUGUGUGUGUGUGUGUGUGUGUGUGUGUGUGUGUGUGUGUGUGUGUGUGUGUGUGUGUGUGUGUGUGUGUGUGCAUUCAAAUGUAGACAGUUGUGAUUCAUUUAUGGGUUCAUGACACAUUUUCAUUGCUUAUUGCUUAAGAUUUUUAUUUUGGUCUGAGCACAGAUGAUGAUGAUGCACGUAUGCACGGUUGUGUACAUGUGCAACUAUUUCUUUGUAUAGACAAAUUUAAUUCAGUACCACCACGACAUUCUUCAAAUGGCUGUUGGAGGGUUUAGACCAGCUUUUGAAUUACGUUUAGAAAUUGUCUGACCAAAAUUCUGGCCAAAAUAAUUGUUUUCCUACCAAAGCAUUUUGAAAAAGUGAGGACAUUUUGGUUCAGUCCUCAUGUCUUUGAAGGCCUGUUUGAGGGUUAAGAUGUGGUUUUAGGGCUGAGGUUUGAAUUAAGUUUUGGUUCCGAUUAGAGCAAGGGUUGGAUGUCUGCCUUUAGUUGUGAUAAUAAGGGGGUAGGGAAGGCAUUAUGUCAAUGGAGGUCCUCUCCUCGAUGUGAGUGCAAGGGUGUGUGUAUUUGUGAGUCUGUGUAAAUACUAAUGAAUAUAAAAAUGUAUUAUUGCAAUAAAAAGCACAGAUACAUUCAAAAGA